AUGGGCACCGGACUGGCCCUUGUGCUGGUCCUCUCAUUUGCUGUGGCUUUUUAUGGUGCAGCGUCGGCAAAUGACGAACAUUCGGCAACACCUAUCAACCACCCGGGGCGUGGUCUACUGGCGACCACAAGCCCCGGCUUUCCUUGGUGCAAAUGCGAGACGUACGACUGCACCUGCAACCCUUAUACUUUGAUACCGUUGCAGCCCAAUAAGCGGCUGGGUUUUGUCCGGACUUGCUUUCGCGUGGCCUACAUCGGCUGUGACCCCAAUCUGGCGUGUUGCCGAGGGCUCACAGACAGCGUGCAGAAAUUUAGUCUGGACACGAACCCCCAAUGUGCCAAUACUGCCAACAUUUACGGAAUAACGGUCAACGGUCAGAUGUACGACUCCUGGGAUACACACGUCCACGACACAGGCUACGAGUUGAAGAUUUACAAUCUGCAGGCCAGCAACGCCACCUUUCCAGGCAGCACCAUUUGCGUUUUGGGUUACCCCGCGUGCUCGACUUGGGCGGACCUGUGCAGAGGCUACCCGGCACGGGGCUGCAGGUAUUCGAUUGUGGACACCGAUUCCAAUAUCUUCACCUUCGGCAACGGUGCCAGUUGCUCAGAGCUUGGCGACCUGAUCAUUGCAGACACCACCUCCAACGCAGCGGCAGUGAACGUGACGAUCUCUGUGCCAUUUACGGUGACGGAAUGCUCGUCCAUGUACGAUGAAGACAAGCGAGUCUAUCCUCUUUUGAAGGUUUGCGGCGCUUUUCUGGAUGAUGGUCGCGGCGAUUUUGAUCAAUUGGAGAUCACUCUUACGGACCCGAUGUACGGCUUGCAAGCCUGGGUGCUAUCUCUUACAGGCGGUGUAUGUCCGUACAGUCUCAAGGGGUACUCCCUGAACACAAGCCGUGUGCCGUACACAGUUGGCAAUUUUUCCAUUUCCCCCACAACGCUGUCUUCGGGGGAUGGUAACAUCCCCUCCGUGUCGAUGUGUUUCACGGUGGGCGGUCAGAGCUGCGACCCCAGGUACCCGUGCUGCCACAUGGACUUCGCCAAGGUGGAAAUUCCAAUCAGCUCAGUCUGUAAGCCAGCUGUCCAGGAGAUCAGGGUUGCCGGAAAGAAGAUUUCGUACAGCUGGUCGUUCUACGAGGAGUUCGUUACGCUGAAAUUUACUGGUCUGCCGAUGUACCUGCCGCAACCCGUGGGGGCCCAAAUCUGCUGGAACGUGGCGCCAGGCGCGUGUGCAGAUCCCGCCAAAUUCUGCCUGUACGGCAGGUGUCAGGUGAACAUAUACUCUGGUGACAACAAGUGCUGCCCAGCCACCUUCGUCUACCCUUCCAGCACACCACUACAAUCUUUUUACCGUGAAGAACGCCGCUUGAGUGAUCAUAACCCCGUGUCCCUUCACCUCGCGUCGGUUUGGAGGCCGGACCGGCCACCCACGCGUAAACCCAAGCCGACGUUUCUUGUCUCUGAGGCGCACAGGUACACAGACAUGUUCUACAACCCGGAGGCCCCCCCUGUGGUUGGUGUCCGGGCGGUUGUGGAUUCCCUGCGUGCUGGCCAGAUUGGUGUCACCCAGGCGGUGGACACUAUCGAACGGAUUUUGCUGGGUUGCUUCGGUGAUGCCUUCAGGCCCGGGCCGGUUUCUAACGGCAAGGCGGCGUGGUGGAAUGAUGAGUGUGCUGCGGCUAAGCAGGCCAUGUUGCAGUAUCGGUCUGAUGUGAUGAACCUCAGCGAGGUAGACUUCCGUACGACCACCUUGGCGUUUGACUUCCAGUCCAUUCGCUUCUACAUUGAAACCCACAUCCCCCCGUCGGCCCCCCUGGACUACCCGUCUAUCUUGGGUAUCUGCUCCAUCCGCCAAUGGCGGUUGCCGUAUUCCUGGCCUCUCUUCUGGCGGGUAAACCAGAUAACGGAGUUCGUUGCCCAACCGGGCCAGGUGCUGACGGUGAUCGGCACCGGAGUGCCGCAGACGGCGUCUUUUUUCAUCGCCUACAUCCUGUUUAAUGCCUUCAUUGUGAAGGAGAUGGCGGAGGUCUUCCCGCCUUGUCGGCUGGUGGUGUUCCAUGUCGUACGGGACGAGCGCAGCCUGGCGGGCUUCGUACAGCAGCACAGUACGACAAAACGGUCUCUGGAGGAUUUGAUUGAUUUUUACGCAGCACGCCUCGCAGCGGUACGGCGUGUGCGCAGGCGUCAGGUGCUGGUACUAGGACCUCUGCUCGGCCAAUGGGGAGUUUACCUGUACGGUGUACGACCCGUACGUGUGGACGAGCUGCUGCACCUGCGCACACGUCUAGAGGUUCUGUACGAGCAGUUACGGGCUGGGCUGGCAAAGGUGGACGAGCUGCCGUAUGUUCCAACGGCCUUCCUGACCUUCGGCCGGCGCUGGGAUGCCGCUGUGGUGUUUACUGCACUUCACGACCGAGACGAGGCCUUAUGGUGGCCAACACCCGCCCCCCACCCAGGAGAGCUGCUGUGGGGCAACCUGAGAUUGCGGCUGUGGCAGAUCAGUUGGCGUACUGCAGUCGCGCGUACGGCAUUCAUGGCUCUGCUGUUGUCGUACACGGUGCCUCUGUCAGCAUUGCAGGGGCUGAUGCAGAGCCUCCUCCCUGCCCGCGCUAAUGUUCGUGAAAACCGCAUUGAAGUUCUGGUCCUGAACCAGCUGCUCUACGACUUGCGCGGGCACGCCUUGAGCUGCAGCAGGAGGCUGAAUAACUACAUUAUUCGGGUUAUUCUGGUUAUUAUUGUUCGGAAUGUUUCCUGGCAGAACUUGGUCAGCCAUUGCGCUAAUCAACACAAAGUGUAG